AUGUCUCAACCUUGUACUAAUUCUACAUGUAAACUGGAAUCUUGUGCUUUAUGUCAUUGUUGUCAACAAAACGUGUGUAUAGCUCAUCUCAAUGAGCACGCUGAAUUUCUCCAAUAUCAGUUGAAUCCUCUUGCCGAUAGUAUCAAUUCACUUAAAAAUCGAUUUCAAACAUUGCAUAUUCACGAAACGGUACGCGAUUAUCAUCAGAAACUUGAACAAUGGCGUCUAGAUUGUUACCGAGAGGUCGAUCAUUUAUUUCAAGAAAAAUCUCAAGAACUCGAUCAAAUUGCAGCCGAUCUAUUAGAUAAACAACGAGAUCAAAUUACUCACAUGCAUUCGGAAGUAUCGAAACUUAUUCAAAGUAAAGAAAUAACUCAAAAAAAUAUUGAAUCCUAUACAUCGAGUAUUGCGCAACUAAAUGAUGAUCUGAAAACUAAUGAAUAUACAAAUAUUCAUCUCCACAUAUCUCCUUUGAUAAUCAAUGACACUCUGAUUUCUCUUAGAAAAGCCAAAAGGAAAGAAAUCCAUUUAAAUACUCUAUCAUCUAUCUACAAAGAAACAAAAUAUCCGCCUGGAAGUUAUUGUCCAAUGGCUUGUAACGGUCGAUUGUUGUUGAUACAUCAAGCGCCAAAUUUAUGUUUUAUGGACAUAGAAUCCGUCAUAGUCAAACAAAUUCUAUGGUCGCAUGGCGCUAUUCGAGAUAUUUGUUGGUCAUCAACAUUAAAUAAAUUUAUUGUCAUUGAAGAAAACAAUAUCUUUUUUAUCAGUGAUACUACCGUGUCCGUUGAAAGCGUUGAAACAAUUGAGAAACGUAGAUGGUUUUCAUGCACUUGUUCGGAUACGCGUCUAUUUUUAACGACAGGAGUAAGAGGUUCGUCUAUUGUGGAAUUUCAUUUGUCUACUUUGAUUACUGCUAUAAAAGAAUGGAAAUCUCCUAAUACAUGCUCAAAAGAUGAAUUUAUAAAUGGUAUCGUUUACAAAAAUGAUAUCAUUGCGCUAAUGAUUAAGAAUAAAAUCGGAAAAACUGUACGGUUAGAAUUACGAUCUUGUGAGAAACUCAAUCAUAUUUGGUCACUUUUACUUAAUCUUAUGUGCAAUCAAAAUAUAGCUUUUCGGUUUUGUUCUCUAAACUAUGAUGAAUGGUUAGUAGCUGAUCAUGAGACUGGGCAUUUAUUACAUAUUACAAAUGAUGGAAAAUUAAAGACAACUAUUUCGUACAAAGCAGUGCCUUACUAUAUCUGUUUAUUUGAUUCAGACAUGCUUGUUGUGUCGGCUGCAAAGGCAGUUAACUUUCAUAAAAUAUGA